CCCGGCGCUGGGUUCAGUCUGCUCUCCACGCUCCCAAGAUGCACAACUCGUCCGUGUGGCUGGUGUCCGCCGUCCUAGUGGCGCUCCUGCUCCCGGAGGCGCUGCUGCCCACCGCCGACGCGGCCAGCGAGCCCGUGUGCUCGUACCGCAACUCGGAGGACGAGACCAUCUUCCUCAAGUACCUGCCGCUCCUGAGACGGGGCCAGGACUACGUGGACUUCGGCAAGGAGGGCAGGUGCCUCAAGCGGGCCGUCUGCACGGACACCUUCAAGACCAUCGUGGAGGACUGCGCCCAGCAGAAGAUCACGUGUGCCAACAAGGAUCGCUUCACGGGCGUUUUUCCCGCCUGUUGUCUCAAGUGUCCUUAAGUCAGAAGGGAUUUGCAUGAAUAUAUUUCACAAAUAAAUAAUGUUUGAAAUUAAUGAAA